AUGGAGUUUGGGUACUGGAAGAUCCGCGGUCUUGGCGCCGUCUUCCGUAUGCUACUGGAGUACAAGGAGGCCAAGUACGAGGACAAGCAGUACUUCACCGGGGAUGAUUGGUUCAAGGAGCGCAAGCCUGCAAUCCUGGAGCUGAAUCCCCUUGCAAACCUCCCAUAUCUUAUAGAUGGUGACAAAUGCGUGUGCCAGACCAAUGCUAUACUUCAGUACUUGGGUGAGAAGUUCGGCUUGAAUGGCGCCAGCGAAUCCCAGAAGAUCCGCACAGAUGAGCUGCUCUGCGAGAUCUACGAUGUUCGCAACAAGAUAAUCCUCCUGUCCUACCCACACCACAACGUCUGCCGCGAUAAGGGGGAGUUUGAAGCAAUGGCUGAAAGAAUUGUGAAGUCCCCGCCCUUCGCAAAGUUCGAGGCAAUCCUGAACUUCAAGGACAACGCCUCUUCUGGCAAGUGGUUUGUGUUGGCAGAUGGCCCGGGUGUGGCAGACUUCCACAUUUGGGAGAUGCUGGACCAGCACCAAAUAUUGGCUGAGAGGAUCGGUGGCGAGCCCGUCCUCGACAAGUUCCCGAAGUGCAAAGCCUUCUACGAGGCCUUCCGGGCCCUGCCAACGCUGCAGAAGUACUUCGCAUCCGAGGACUACAAAAUGGAGGUGAACUCAACCUUGGACAAUACCUACUUUCCUUGA